GUGGUGGGGGUAGUGGUGCAGAGGUUGGAAGGGAGCCCUCCAGAUACACGUAUAACAUAAAAGACACUAAUAAGCUAGGCAUGGACACAUAUUGGAGAGAUUAGAGAACAAACUUCAGAAGAAGAAAACAAUGUGCUGGAUCAAUCUCUAGAAUAUAUUUGGACUACACUUGGAAGCAGAAGUUGUUUUUUUUUAACAGGACUCUGUGGGUAAGGCUGUUUUGUCUGCCUCAGUUCUCAGUGCUUCAGAUGAUUCUGAACUCUUUACUUGUGGUCAUAACUGACCUGGCGGCUGCGCUUCUGGGCAAUAUAUUGUUUCGCCGCUAUUUCCAUUUGUUUCUGUCAGCCAUGGUUAUGUUUGGACCCUUGCUGAGCUUAUGGGUAUCCCACUAUAGUGUUUUUGCUAAGAGGAGCCAUUAUCUUUACAGAGUUUUUCUGCGUUCAGGCUGGGGUUGGACCUGUAUCUUUGUAGGCUCUUUCGUCUUCCUCCUGUCUUUAUCUGUACGGCGCUCCUUAACACUCACAUUUCGGCAUCUCUCAAGGCUGGCUGUAGCAGGCGGGUUGUGGCUUGGUUUCCGUAAGCUGCUUAGCCUGCUGGAGAAUGCCACAGGGAGUUGCUACGAGCCCCUCAGUGGAGCUCAUGAGCUUGCUGUAGGGACUAAUGGAGAAGGGCAGCCUUUAUUGCUGUUACGGGAGGGAGAGACAAAGGCUGUUUGCAUCAGCUCUGGCAUGGUAUGGCGUGGGUAUGAGGUCUCUGAGGACAUCUUUCUGCUUUCUUUUUGUUGCCUGCUGCUGGCUGAGGAGAUGGCUGUGUUUGGGCCCUAUCUGAACCUGGGUGGGAUGUCUGGAGCACCCCUGCGCAUUCUGUUCUUAUUCUGUGUCCUGUUGCUGAGUCUCUGGUUGUUUCUACUUUUCUGCCUACUCGCUUAUUUUCCUCAAUUCCCAAAUCAGCUCUUGGGAGGAGCUCUGGGUUGCCUGAGCUGGAGGGCAACGUACCAGGGCUGGUACCAUAUGGGACCAAGCUGGUACUGCCCUGGAAGGCCUGGGGUGGGUCUUCUGACAACAUAGGGACAUAUUAACAAAACUGUUAAUAAAUACGUAAAUAAAUGAAAAAAUAAAUUAAUAGUUUAAUUAAAUUGGGGUAAAUAUGUUUGAAGAAUAAUUUAAUAAAGUUUAAUUUUCACAUUUUUGAACUACCUCUGUUUCAGAGAUUUAAUUUUAAAAGUAGUAUGAUCCAGUUACUACAGCCCAUUAAUUUAUUACCUCAACGGUCAUUGACAAGUUUUCUUGAUUUACCUUUGUCAUUCUGGUGACAUAUUCCCAUAAAUAAAAAUUAAGGCUAAAACAACUGGUUGAGAAAUAGAUGUGUUAGAUAUUUGAUUAGAUUUUUAAAAUUAUGGUUAAUUCCUUCAAAAUUACCAACAAUCACAAUGCUUAAGAUACUGUACAUGUGAGAUGAAAGAACAUACAGUAUUCAAAUAAAAAUCAUUAGAAUUUAUACAGUUAAAGUUCUAGUGGUGAUAUUUUAGUUUGCCACAAAUUGGCUGCUAUAAAUUAGCACUUUGAUACCAUAUUAAUAUGCAGCAGAUUGUAAUAACAGAAAGAGCACAAAGAAAAACUGUUUAAUGUUUAACACAACGAGGUGCUCACCAUCAAGAUCUGCAAUGAGUAUGCAGGAUUUAUUUCUGGCUACUGCUGUGUGUUUUCACACCUCACUGUUAAAGAUAUCAUUUAAACUCAAAAGUGUGAAACCUUGGGAUUAAAAACUAUGAUGCAGCUGGAGCAUAGGAGAUUCUUGCCAUUUUUUCCAUAAUGCAAAAUUUGCAUAUAGUCAUAUGAAAAAAUAAGUGCAUUAAAUAAUUUAAGUAAUAAAUUGCCUUUUAUGACAUAUGUGGACAAGUAACCAUUUGAUCAUCUUUCAAA